AUGAGCGAAAUCACCCACCCCACGAUCCAGGAUGGCUGGUUCUCCGAGAAGUCGGACAUGUGGCCCGGUCAGGCCAUGAGCCUCAAGGUCAACCAGAUCCUGCACCACGAGAAGUCCAAGUACCAGGAUGUCCUGAUCUUCGAGAGCAGCGACUACGGCAAUGUUCUCGUUCUCGACAACGUCAUCCAGUGCACCGAGAGAGAUGAGUUCUCCUACCAGGAGAUGAUCACCCACUUGGCUAUGAACUCCCACCCCAACCCCAAGAAGGUCCUCGUUAUCGGUGGUGGUGACGGUGGUGUCCUCCGUGAGGUCAUCAAGCACGACAUCGAGGAGGCCGUCCUCUGCGACAUUGACGAGGCUGUCAUCCGUCUCUCCAAGCAGUACCUCCCUGGCAUGAGCAUCGGCUACAAGCACGACAAGGUCAAGACGCACAUUGGCGAUGGCUUCAAGUUCCUCGAGGAGAAGAAGAACGAGUUCGACGUCAUCAUCACUGACAGCUCCGACCCCGAGGGUCCCGCUGAGUCUCUCUUCCAGAAGCCCUACUUUGAGCUCCUCAACGGCGCUCUGCGUGAGGGAGGUGUCAUCACCACCCAAGCCGAGAACCAAUGGUUGCACCUUCCUUUGAUUGCCAACCUCCGCAAGGCCUGCAAGGAAGUCUUCCCUGUCGCCGAAUACGCCUACACCACCAUCCCCACCUACCCCUCCGGCCAGAUCGGCUUCAUGGUCUGCUGCAAGGACGCCAGCCGCAACGUCCGCGAGCCUCUCCGCUCCUGGUCCCGCGAGGAGGAGGAGCGUCUCUGCCGCUACUACAACCAGGACAUCCACAGAGCCAGCUUUGUCCUGCCCAACUUUGCCCGCAAGGCUUUGUCUUCCUAG